AUGGAAGUAGAUUUCGUACUUAAACAAAAUCACAACACUCAUAAUUCAAAUAGGGGAGAGGUAUUAAUCUUCAAGCUGAGUCGAAAUAUAGCAAAAUUUUUCAAAAGUUCCGUCAUGAGAACCAAUGCAAUAAAGGCGAAUUUGACUGAUGUGACUCUUGUUAAGAUCUCCAAACCUCAGAUUGUUCAACAACUCCAACAAUGGAACAAUUACCUUUCAGGUGAUUGUUUAAAGUUUCAUUCAGUUGCAAUAACAUCAGUAUUUGUUUUCUCUCACCGUGUAAUAACAAAAAAUGUCGACGGCCUAAUCGGAAACAAAGUAUCGCUGUUCUUCCUAGUGUUCAUGGAACUAUAUUUAUUUGAAAAAUGGAUCAACUCAUCACAAAGUUCCAAGUUUGGAAAAUAUAAAGACCUGCUCAAUUUUGAAUACUCACAACGUGAGUACAACACCAAGAUGCAUUUCGGAACUGUUUGUUUCAUGGCUGCCAUGGUUGCUUGUGCUUCAGCAGCAUGCUGCAUUAAGACCGCUCAAAGCUGUGAACAUUCUGGAGGUAGUAGACCUUCUGGAGGCAGCAGACCUUCUGGAGGCAUCAGACCUUCUGGUCCUAAGGUAGUAGACGUUGUUGGUGUCAACAUUAACAACAAGGUUGGAAACAUCCGCGGAAUAAACAGCGGUGACAACUUUGUGACCAAUGUUGUCAACACUGAUAUUGCCAGCAAGACAGGAGGUUGCAAGUCGAAUAACUGUGGCAAGGGCAACAUUGUAAAUGCCCUCGGCACCAACAUUAACAAUAAGAUAGGAAACAUCGGGGGAAUCAACAAAAGCAACAAUGAAGUGGUCAAUGUUGUCGACACCAACAUCAAGUACAUGUCAGGAAACACCUUCGUACGUCCUUCAGGUUGCAGCACCUGCGUAAGUGUUGUGAUUUUUUAUAUAAUCCAACCAAUUUCAAGUCUGAGGGAUGAGUUAAUUGCUUCCCCAGGGGAUAAUUUCAAAAAAAUUAAUUUAAAAUUUUUCGUUAUUGCAUCUGUUGAUUCAACCAGAGUCAAAAAACAGAUCCUAGUUUUAACCUCAAAAGCCUCAAUUCCUUUGAUGUUUUAUUUGCCGCACAGAAAACGCCAAACUAUAAUAAUUUUCAAUGAAGCAAUAUUUUCACUCAAAAUAACAGCCUUGUAUCCGAGGACAUUGCAAUACAAUGUAAGAUCAUCCCGAUGUUACACUCAUCAAGAGCUUCUAUUUGAGUACCCACAUAUUCAAGGUCAUUUCUUAAUUAUGUAUCUAGACACAAAGCAUUUUCGAAUGCAGCCUAAAUACUUAUCAUCAUAA